AGCAGAGUCUCUGAUAUCCAGCUGUCUGUCUAUGAAGAGUGACCGGUCCAACGAUGACCCUCCAGGCUUCAGUAAUGAACCUGGACCCUCAGACACAAAAGAGAGGAAGAGGAAGAGGAAGAGGAAGAGGAAGAGGAGGGGUGUUUCUGUGGAGGAGCAGCUGUCCUGCUGUUCUUUGUGUCAGGACGUCCUGAAGGAUCCAGUCUCUACCAGCUGUGGACACUGGUUCUGCAGACAGUGCAUCAGCUCAUACUGGGACCAGUCUGCUCCAUCAGGAGACUCCUCCUGUCCCCAGUGUGGAAAAAGAUCCAGAACCAGACCUGGACUGCAGGGGGGCAUAAUGGCGAAACUUAAAGAGGAGCUCUGGAAAACUCUGCAGGAAUUAAAAGAAGAUGAGUUUAAGAAGUUCAAGUGGUUCCUGGAGCUGGAUGACAUCCUGGAGGGCUUUAAAGGCAUCCCAGUAGCUCAGCUGGAGAAAGCAGGAAGGGAGGAAACAGUGGAUCUAAUGGUACAGAAACAUCAGGAUCAUGGAUCUCUGCAGCUGACCAAGAAGGUUUUAGAAAAGAUCAACAGGAAGGAUCUGGUGCAGCGUUUACAAAACUCCCCCUCAGGACCAAAAGCAGAAACUGGUCUGCAGGAUGUUUCAGAUUAUAAGAACAGUCUGAGAAGGCAAUGUCAACAUGUGACUGAGGGAAUUGAUGAAGAUGAAAGAACCCUCCUCAAUGAUAUCUACACUGAGCUCUACAUCACAGAGGGACGGAGUGAAGACGUUAAUACCCAACAUGAGGUGAGGCAGCUUGAGACAGCUUCCAAGAUGAAGACCCACCAUGACACUCCAAUCAAGUGUCACGACAUCUUUAAACCCUUACCUGACAAACAGAAAUACAUCAGAGUUGUUAUGACGAACGGCGUCGCUGGUGUUGGAAAAACCUUCUCAGUGCUGAAGUUCACUCUGGACUGGGCAGAGGACUCGAAAAACCAAGAUGUCAGUCUGGUGAUUCCACUUUCAUUCAGGGAGCUGAACUUGAUCAAAGAUGAGCAGUACAGUCUCCUCAUGUUGAUCCAUAAGUUCCAUCCAACAUUAAAGGAGGUCACAGCAGAAAAUCUCAAGUCUAAAGACUGUAAAGUUGUGUUCAUCUUUGACGGCCUGGAUGAAAGCAGACUUUCACUGGAUUUCAACAACAGGAAGGAGGUCGUGUCUGAUGUCAAACAGCAGUCAUCAGUCAACGUGCUGUUUACAAACCUCAUCGUGGGGAAGCUGCUUCACUCGGCUCUCAUCUGGGUAACUUCCCGACCUGCAGCAGCCAAUCAGAUCCCUCCUACAUGUGUUGACAGGGUAACAGAAGUACGAGGCUUCACUGACGUCCAGAAGGAGGAGUACUUCAGGAAGAGAUUCAGUGAUGAAGAUGAAGAGCUGUCCAGCAGAAUCAUCACACACAUCAAGACAUCCAGGAGCCUCCACAUCAUGUGUUACAUCCCAGUCUUCUGCUGGAUCACUGCUACAGUUCUGGAGCAGAUGUUGACUACAGACCAGAGAAGAGAGCUGCCCAAGACCCUGACUGACAUGUACUCACACUUCCUGCUGCUUCAGACAAAGAGGAAGAAGCACAAGUAUGAUGAAGGACAUGAGACGAGUCUACAGGAGCUGAUGGAGGCUGACAGUGAAGUUCUUCUGAAGCUGGGGAGGCUGGCGUUUGAACAACUGCAGAAAGGAAACAUCAUAUUCUACCAAAAAGACCUGGAGCAGUGUGGUCUUGAUGUCACAGAGGCCUCGGUGUUAUCAGGAUUUUGUACAAAGAUCUUCAGAAGAGAGAAUGUGAUCUUCAAGAAAACAGUUUACUGCUUUGUUCAUCUGAGCAUUCAGGAGUUUCUGGCUGCAGUCUACAUGUACCACUGUUACACCAACAGCAACACAGAGAUACUGAAGGACUUCCUGGGAAAAGACUACAGUAACUCAUCCCUGGAUGACUUCCUGAUGGGAGCCAUGAAGAAAUCUCUCCAAAGAGAAAACGGCCACCUGGAUCUGUUUGUACGUUUCCUUCAUGGCCUCUCUCUGGAGUCCAACCAGAGUCUCUUAGAAGGCCUGCUGGGUCAGACAGAGAACAGUCCAGAAACCAUCCAGAGAGUCAUCAACAACCUGAAGAAGAUGAACACGUCCAAUACCUCUCCUGACAGAUGCAUCAACAUCUUCCACUGUCUGAUGGAGAUGAACGACCUCUCAGUACAUCAGGAGAUCCAAGAGUUCCUGAAGUCAGAGAACAGAUCAGAGAAGAAACUCUCUGUGAUCCACUGCUCAGCUCUGGCCUACAUGCUGCAGAUGUCAGAGGAGGUUCUGGAUGAGUUGGACCUGCAGAAGUACAACACAUCAUGGGAGGGACGACUGAGACUGAUCCCAGCUGUGAGGAACUGCAGAAAGGCUCUACUUUCUGGCUGUGACCUCUCAGAGACUCACUGUGAAGUUGUGGCCUCAGCUCUGAAGUCCAACCCCUCCCAUCUGAGAGAGCUUGACCUGAGUGCAAACCUCCUGGAGGAUGGUCCGACUGGUUCAAGAUUGAAGCCUCUAUCUGCUGGACUGGGGAGUCCAAACUGUAGACUGGAGACUCUGAGAUUGUGGCUCUGCAGAUUGUCAGAGACCAGCUGUGCUUCUCUGGUCUCGGCUCUGAAGUCCAACCCCUCCCAUCUGAGAGAUCUGGAUGUAAGAGGAAACGACCUAAAAGUCUCAGGAUUAAAAGUACUGUGUGAUUUUCUGGAGAGUCCAGACUGUAGACUGGAGACUCUGAGAUUGAGUGGCUGCAGUUUGUCAGAGAUCAGCUGUGCUUCUCUGGUCUCAGCUCUGAAGUCCAACCCCUCAUCCCAUCUGAGAUAUCUUGAUCUAAGAGGAAAUAACUUGAAGGACUCGGACAUGAAACACCUGUCUGAUCUUAAGGAGAGUCCACACUGUAGACUGGAGACUCUGAGAUUGACUGACUGCAGGUUGUCAGAGACCAGUUGUGCUUCUCUGGUAUCAGCUCUGAAGUCCAACCUCUCCCAUCUGAGAGAGCUGAAUCUGUCUGGAAGAGAGUUUCAGGAAUCACACGUGAAGCUACUGUGUGAUUUUCUGGAGAGUCCAGACUGUAGACUGGAGACUCUGAGAUUGAGUUACUGCAGGUUGUCAGAGAUCAGUUGUGCUUCUCUGGUCUCAGCUCUGAAGUCCAACCCCUCCCAUCUGAGAUAUCUGAAUCUGUCUCACAACGACAUGUGUGACGUGAAGCAGCUGUGUGAUUUUCUGGAGAGUCCACACUGUAGACUGGAGACUCUGAAAUUGUGGAGCUGCAGGUUGUCAGAGAUCAGUUGUGCUUCUCUGGUCUCAACUCUGAAGUCCAACCCCUCCCAUCUGAGACAUCUGAAUCUGUCUGACAACGACAUGUGUGACGUGAAGCAGCUGUGUGAUUUUCUGGAGAGUCCACACUGUAGACUGGAGGUUCUGGAAUUGAAACACUGCAGUUUGUCAGAGACCAGCUGUGCUUCUCUGGCCUCAGCUCUGAAGUCCAACCCCUCAUCCCAUCUGAGAUCUCUGCGUCUAGGAGGAAAUAAACUGACUCGGACGUGAAGCAGCUGUCUGAUCUUCAGGAGAGUCCAGACUGUAGACUGGAGACUCUGUUAUGGAGUUAUCGAGUUCUGUUGGAAUCAGACAGAGUGAGUGCUUCUUCUUCUCUCACCAGCUUGGGGUAUCAAUCUCUGUCAGAGUGUGACUGAACAUCCAGGAGUGUGUGUUGAGAGAGGAUCAGCUGGAUCCUGAUGAUCCAUCUGGACCGGAGUCUGGAUCUGGAU